GAAACUUACCAUCUAAAGGUUGUUAGUAACAGCAACCUUGGAGAAUGAGAAACUCUCCAUGUGCAUGGUUUGGAGAUUGUGUGUGUGUGUCAUAGACAGCACCAAUACACUGCACGUAAGCUAGUCUUUAACUUUGACAAACAAUAAACAAAGUGUUUAAUUAAUAAUUUCUUAGAUGAUAUCAUAGCCUCUCUACGAUCUGUUGGGCCGCCUGCAAUCAGAUUUCUGCAAUCAGAUUUCUGAUCAGACCAUCCACCAUUUAUAUCCGCGCCCCAAACCCAAUAUCGCUUGCGAGAUGGCCUGAGUAUACGCUUAUAAAGUAGAAACAAUACUCACCAUAUAAGCUAGUUUUGUAGAGUUGAGUUAGACUUAACUCUCGAUUCUAAGAAAUUUAUUAUAUGAUGAAAUCAAAAGUGAUUAGGAUCUAUACCUGCAACUGCAAUAUUAUAAUAUACUCUCUCCACAUGCACCUUUCAACUAAACUAAUCAAAUAAAACAAAAAACACUCUCUCAAAGCUGCUAAGAUACUUCUCUUUUCCUUCCUUUGGAUCCCAUCUGCUCCUCAUUUCUGUGGAUUCAAGAGAGUUCUUCUUUUUUGUUUUCCAUGAAUGGUUUCUUGAUGUAAGAAGAAAUAAUGGAACAUGUUAUGGAGCAAGGUCGUUCUCUUGCUGAGACACCUACAUAUUCAGUUGCAUCUGUUGUUACUGUCAUGGUCUUUGUCUGUUUCUUGGUUGAGCGUUCUAUCUACCGCCUUGGUAAGUGGUUGAAGAAGACGAGAAGGAAGGCACUUUUUGCUUCGCUGGAGAAAAUGAAAGAAGAGUUGAUGCUGCUUGGGCUUAUCUCUUUGUUGUUGGCACAAAGCGCGAGGUGGAUCUCUGAGAUUUGUAUAAGCUCAUCGGUAUUCAGCAGUCGAUUUUAUACUUGUGCCGAAGAAGACCUUCCCAUGAUUGAGAAUGUCAUAAUUAAAAACUCUUCCUCUUUCUCUGAUGAAACUAAUAUUCCAAAAGGGCUAAUUACUGGUGCACUCCAUCAAUGUGGAGAGGGCCAUGAACCAUUUGUUUCAUAUGAGGGUCUUGAGCAGUUGCACCGGUUUUUAUUUGUUCUUGGGAUCACUCAUGUUCUGUAUAGUUUUCUCGCUGUUGGUUUAGCAAUGAGCAAGAUAUAUAGUUGGUGCAGAUGGGAAAAUCAGGCUACCAUGGCUGCUAUCGACGGAAAUUUGCAAGGAAAGAUAAACAAGGUGAUGAGGCGGCAAACGACCUUUGUUUUCCAUCACACUUCUCAUCCAUGGAGCAGGAAUUCAAUACUAAUUUGGAUGCUAUGUUUUCUGCGUCAGUUUAGGAGUUCCAUACAAAAAUCAGAUUACCUUGCGCUUCGUCUUGGUUUCAUCACUGAACAUAGAUUGCCGUUGUCAUAUGAUUUUCAUAAAUAUAUGGUUCGAAGCAUGGAAGAUGAAUUUCAUGCCAUUCUAGGAAUAAGCUGGCCGCUUUGGGUUUAUACCAUAGUCUGUAUCUUUGUGAACAUCCAUGGUCUAAAUAUAUACUUCUGGCUCUCCUUUAUACCUGCAAUUCUUGUGAUGUUAAUAGGUACAAAACUUCAACAUGUUGUAGCCACUUUAGCACUUGAAAUCUGGGAGCAGCAGGGUCCAUCUGCCAGAACACAAGUAAAGCCACGCGAUGGUUUGUUUUGGUUCAACAAACCAGAGAUAUUGUUAUGGCUAAUACAAUUUGUGAUAUUUCAGAAUGCCUUUGAAAUGGCUUCAUUUAUUUGGACAUUGUGGGGAUUUAAAGAACAAUCAUGCUUCAUGAGACACCAUUACAUGAUCAUCAUUCGGCUGACAUGUGGAGUUUUUGUUCAGUUCUGGUGUAGCUAUAUGACAGUGCCCCUUAAUGUGAUAGUUUCACAGAUGGGAUCGCGAUGUAAGAAGGCUCUAGUGACAGAGAGUGUUAGAGAUUCCUUACACAGUUGGUGUAAGAGAGUAAAACAGAAGUCUAAGCAUGAUCAUUCUCUGCAUUCACAUACCGCUAGAUCAAUAUGUUCCCUGGGAUCAACAAUCAAUGAGAGGGAUGAGAUAACAGUGGUAUCUGGCACUCUAACUCGAACAACUUCCUUAGACUUAGAGUCUUUGAAUCAGAUGACAGUAACUUCAGUAGACCAGAUGAAUUUUCUGACUUCAAACAACCUCGAUGAUUCAACCGAUUUGUCAGAAUCCGUACAUAUUAAUUCACAUUACAAUAAUGUUGACAACGGAGAGGAAGCUAAAGUUGAGACUCUUCUUGAUUUGUUUCACAAAACAUGAUCAAUAUUUUGUUUUAUAUCUUAAGUCCUACUGCAUAACAAGUUGAAAUUCUAGAGUAUAGUUUAGAUGUGCAAAUCAUUCUUAAUCGCUAUGAAGCAUAGAUGUACAUUAUAUAUAUAUCACUAUUAGAAGUAAUAAAUUUAGCACCAAAAUUUGGAAUAUUUCU